AUGGUCAUCCAGCUGGGGUCGGAGGAACCUGUUGUGUCUAUGCAUGCUGGUGGGAAGAUCGUCUGGGCUAGAGGGAAUGAGAUACAUACUGCUAACCUUAGGCAGGUGGAUGACCACGUCCUUGAUACGUUGGGUGAUGGGGAGAUGGUGCCUCUGUCAGUGAAGGACAUGGGAUCGACUGAGAUAUUCCCACAGACCAUAUCUCAUCAUCCUAAUGGGAGGUUGUUCGCUGUAUGCGGUGAUGAUGAAUGGAUAGUCUUCACUGCACAGGCAGGGUUUUAUGUUCAGGCUCUGCGAAACAAGGCAUUUGGUAGCGGGUGCGAGUUUGUGUGGUCGGCCAGUGGAGCGGCAUCGGGCACGUAUUAUGCCACGAGGGAAGCUUCUGGUAGGAUUACCAUCUAUAAGGAUUUCGUGGAGGAGACGUCUUUCAAGCCACCAUUCCCUGUUGAUGAGAUUUUUGGAGGUUAUUUGCUGUGUGUGAAGACAUCUGACUUUAUCUGCUUCUACGAGUGGAGUAGCAGUAGACUGAUCAGAAGGAUCGACGUUGUCCCUACUGCAGUCAUCUGGAGUGACUCUGGUGACUUUGUGGUUUUGGCCACUGAGGAUGAUGGUGCUUUCGUAACGACAAACAUGCAUAGUAUAUCGGCGGCGAUAGCAGGAGGAGCGAAUAUUGAUGAGGAGGGUCUGGAAAUAGCCUUUGAGCCCACUUAUGAGUUGCCAAAUGAGAAGGUCAUGUCUGGUACGUGGUGUGGCAAUGACUCCUUCGUCUAUAUCUCAUCGAACCAGAAGUUGUGCUGCCUUGUGGCAGGUCAGACUGAGGUCAUUGCUCACACUGAUAGGCCCCUGUAUGUGUUGGGGUAUAUGCCGGAGCAUGGGAAGGUGUAUUGUAUGGACAGGGACUACAACGUCAUUUCGUUCGGGUUGAGCCUGGCGUUGAUCCAAUAUGAAAGUGACGUAGUAAGGCAAGACUUUGGUGCUGCCGAGCAGUGUUUCGCAGCCAUCCCGAAGGCUCUACACAACAAGGUGGCUCGUUUCCUCGAGGGCCAGGGGCAUGUCAGAGAGGCCCUUGAGAUCACUACCGAUAAGGAUCAUAAGUUGGACCUGGCCUUGAAUCUUGGUGACUUACAGAUGGCUGGAGAGAUUGUGGGAGAGUUGACGGCUCAGUUGCCACCAGGCGCUGAUAGAACAGUCAAUUACUCUAAGUGGAAGCAAGUUGGUGAUCAGGCUCUAAAGCAGGGUGAUAUCGAGUUGGCGACUACUUGUUAUUCACAAGGCUGUGACGUCACCGGCCUCAUGCUCAUUGCCCAAGCUACUGGGGAUCGGUCUUUACUGGAGAAGGUAGCUUCUAUGGCUAAGGAGAAAGAGAUGUGGAAUGUGGCGUUUUCUGCGUUUUUGCUCCUGGGUGAUGCCGAGAGAUGUGUGGAUACGCUCGUAGAUUCCAACAGGCUGCCGGAGGCUGUCUUCUUCGCUCGAACAUAUUGCCCAUCCAAGUUGGUGAGUAAGGAUAGCGAGCUGUUCGAGAGCUGGCGGAAGGAUCUUACGAGCGUGAAUGCACAGUUGGCAUCCAGCCUUGCUGAUCCCCGUGAUGAAAGUUAUCAGGAUAAGCUUUUCGCUGAGAUGAGCAACACACUGGCGGCUGAGAGAAAAAGGGAGGGGUCCAAGGCAGCUGUCACCGCUGUCCCGGCGGAUCGUUAUACAGAGGAAAAGAAUUUGCUGGAUGUCGAUGUAACGGUGGAGAUGUCACAGAAUGAACAAGGCCUGUAUGCUAAGAUGGGCUGGACUGGCUCUGUUGCGCCGUCGGGCCUGCUGCCUGAGACGGAUAGCUCUCCUUCGGAGCGAGAGGUUGUUCAUGCUCCAGUGGUCGACACACAUGUUCAUGAGUCCUCCCCGCCUGCGGCUGCCACUGCGGACUCUGAGAGUGUGUCUUCGCCAGGGACGGACGGCGUGCUGGUCGAGUCGGGUAAUCAUCAGUACCAAGAAUCAUCGGAUACUGCCUCGGCCACUGGUCCGGAUCUGUUGUAG